AUGGAGUUUGCUAAUGGUGGCGAGCUCUUUGAUUAUAUUGUUGCUAAUACAAGGAUUAAAGAAAAAGAAGCAUGCCGAUUUUUCCAACAAAUUGUGGCAGGAAUUGAGUACAUCCACAAGCUGAAUGUUGUUCAUAGAGAUUUGAAACCGGAAAACCUUCUAUUGGACCAUAAUAACAAUAUUAAAAUCGUUGAUUUUGGCCUCAGUAACACGUAUAAGCCUGGAGAGUUGCUGAAGACCGCAUGUGGAAGUCCAUGCUAUGCAGCCCCUGAAAUGAUACAAGGGAAGAAAUAUGUGGGCUCAAGAGUAGAUAUUUGAAGCUCUGGAGUCAUUUUAUUUGCUAUGAUAUGUGGAUAUUUACCAUUUGAAGACCCUAACACAGGACAGCUCUAUAAAAAAAUCAUUGCUGGCGAGUACCAUUCCCCGAAAUUCAUUUCUGCAGAAGCAAAAGACAUUUUGAAGGGCAUACUGAACACUGACCCAGACAAAAGGUACACUAUUGAGCAAAUAAGGCAGCAUCCUUGGUUCAGCCAAGUGAAGCAAGAAACGACCCCAGGAAUCCUUGUAGGCUAUGAUAGCAUCAAUGUAGAUUCAGAAAUUUUAAUGAAGCUUCAAGAAUACAGCAUUGAUACUCAAUAUGCUCAAAAAUGCAUAGAAGCAAAUAAGCAUACUCAUAUCACCACAGCGUAAAGCGUAUGCAGGUAUUAUUUAUUGCUGAAAAAACACUUACAAAAUGGUGGGACUUCAGUUGCUGAUUAUAGCUAUCUUUCUGAUAGCGAAACAACGCAUAUUAUUCCUCAUCCCCCGCAUAAACUGAACCAGAGCUUUAACCAAACUAUAUCAAAUGCGCCUCAUCCUCCUUUAUUUAAACUGAAAAAUGAACAACUAAUAACUCCAUUAAACCCUCGUCAUCGGCGAUUGGUAAACACUACAGUCUCAUACAAAAUAGGUAGCACUGGAGGCUCUGGGUCAAAAGAAAUCGAAGCAAUAAAGCCUGAAUACCCUACAAGCAUGACUCAGAACUACCACCUUAGAGGAAUAUCGCACCAAAUAAAUACGUAUAAAUCUGGCUCACCUAAGACUAGGGGACACCACUCAGUUUCUCCAAAAAAUGUAAAUCCAAGACAAAAGCAUCUAAAAUAUAGACUUAUUGGAAGAGAAACCAUGGGAGUAGCAGGAACGCCUCGACCUCCUACACGAGUGACACCAAAUGGUCAAAGAGCUUCAGGAUCUAGAGGAAGAGUAAAAACUCCAGGGCUAAAUGACAGUAUCGAUUUUGAUACCAAUAAAAGCUUGAAUAACACCUUUAGAUUUAGUCCAAGAACAGCUAUUACAGCUGAUGGGAGCCAUGGACGUCGAGGGAGAGCAAGCAGAGAAAAAUCUUAUUUGUAA